GGAAGAGAGUAGUUAAGACAGAUUUAUUAAUUUUGUUAAUAAUUCAAGAUUGUUAUGAGUAAAACUAAAUUAAAAUUUAUUAAUUAAAAUUAAUAAAUAAAAUUGGUAAUAAAAUAAAUUAACACUUGCGAUAUUAAAUGAUGAUCGCCGCUUACGUUAGCAGUGCAGCUACUGCUUUGGCUCUUUUGUGUCAUGUGAUAGCAGCAGCAGAAGAAGACGUAGUAGUAUUAAACAGUGACAACGACCAGAACACAAUCUGUGAUGUCAAUCCCUAUGUAUAUAGAUUCGAUUGCCACCCCGAAUACUAUUCCUCUCCAUCCAGGUGUAACAACAGGGGCUGCUGUUGGCGAGAUACUUUGAGUAGUAGCAGUAGCAGUAUUAAUGAUGACAGUAUUAAUACUAUUGUCAAUAAUGAUGGAAAAAGUAGUAGCAAAAUUGGCAGACCAUACUGCUACUUUCCUGUCAACUAUCCUUCGUACAAAGUCACUCAGUGGGCAGAAACUAAUUAUGGUUACAGAGCUGUCUUGAUCAAGGAGGCAUCAUCACCCUGGCCUAAUGAUAUUCUAAAUUUGACUCUUUAUAUUUGGUUCCAAAGUCAAACAGUCCUUCAUUUCAAGAUUGUGGAUUCGAAAAAUGCAAGGUACGAGGUCCCAAUCGAAAUGCCUAAGCCACCAGCUGUCAAACCAUCAACAACUGAUUAUUCUGUAGAAUAUUUCUCGUCACCUUUUGGUCUCAAGGUUCUCAGAAAAAGUACUGGAGCAACAUUAUUCAACAGUAUAAUCUCGACAGCGCCCCUCAUAUAUGCGGAUCAGUUUCUGCAGAUUAGUACACUUCUCGAUUCGCCUUGGCUGUACGGUCUGGGGGAGAACUACGGCCCACUCCUCAUCGACGCCACCCAGUAUCGAAAGUUCACCUUCUGGGCUCGCGAUCAAAUUCCUAUCAUGCAUUCAAAUUUGUAUGGGGCCCACCCAUUCUACAUGAACAUUGAAAAGAGCAAAGAGGCCCAUGGAGUUUUCUUUCUUAACAGCAAUGCAAUGGAGGUGGAUGUUCAGCCCGCACCGGCUCUGACCUUCAGAACGAUAGGAGGCGUCCUUGACUUCUACAUCUUCACCGGGCCAACCCUGGAGAAUGUCGUGCAACAGUACGUUCAGACGAUCGGCAUUCCCGCCAUGCCGCCAUUCUGGGGACUGGGGUUCCAUCUCUGUAGGUGGAAAUAUAACAACAUCGACAGGUUGAAGACCAUCAUCAAGAGAAAUAAAGAUAUUGGCAUUCCAUACGACGUUCAAUGGAGUGAUAUAGAUUAUAUGGAGAAUGAAAAACUCUGGACUUACGACAAGGUCAAUUAUAAUGGCUUGCCUCAGCUAAUAGACCAAUUACAUAAGGACACUAUGAAAUAUAUUAUCAUACUGGACCCGGGUAUAAGUGACAAAUACCCCGGCAGGUACCCACCAUACGAUCGAGGGGUACAACAAAACGUAUUCAUACGAAACUAUACCGGGCAUAUUCUUCAGGGGCAGGUGUGGCCCGGGCCGACCGUCUACCCUGAUUUCACCCAUCCCAAUGCUACUAGCUGGUGGCUGAAAGAUGCCGAAGAUUUUCACAAAGUUCUACCGUAUGACGGACUGUGGAUUGACAUGAACGAGCCAUCGAAUUUCGUCUCCGGGUCUUCAGUCGGAUGUACGAUGAAUAAUCUGGAUCGUCCUCCCUUUGUUCCUGCCAUAAGUGGCGAUGGAACAUUAGAGUUUAAGACACUGUGUGGUUCAGCCAGGCAGCACGUAUCGACCCACUACAAUCUUCAUAAUAUGUACGGUCUACACGAAGCUAUGGCUACUCACGAAGUCCUCUUAAAAAUAAUGAAGAAGAGGUCCCUGUCGGUAUCUAGAUCGACUUUUCCAAGUCAUGGAAAGUACGGCCAGCAUUGGACUGGAGACGUCAGAGCAACCUGGACCGAUCUUUAUUAUUCUAUCCCAGGCUUGUUGAACUUCCAAAUGUUUGGCAUUCCAUUCGUCGGGGCUGAUGUGUGUGGAUUCUCUGGCAACUCUAAUGAAGAACUCUGCAUCAGAUGGACUCAACUCGGCGCCUUCUACCCAUUUAUGAGAAAUCAUAAUGAUGGAGAUAGCAUUGACCAAGAUCCAGGAGCGUGGGGUACAUCGGCCCAGAAGAUAAUGAAAGAGGCCAUCGAACUUAGGUAUUCACUCCUGCCCUUCAUGUACACUCAGUUUUAUUUGAACCAACUAGAUGGAAGCCCCGUCAUCAGACCGUUGUCCUUCGCUUUCCAAGCUGACGUUGAAACGUACAAGAUUGACAAACAGUUCUUGUGGGGUAGCUCUCUACUCAUUAGUCCCAUCCUCGAGCGGGGUAAGUUCAACUUGACGGCCUACUUCCCAAGCGGCGGAUGGUACGACGUGUUCAACCACUUCAAGUUAACGAGCGUCGGAAGGUACUACUACUUGAACACCCCCCUCAACAAAAUAAACCUCCACCUAAGAGAGGGAAAUAUCAUCCCGUGGCAACAGUCAGCUGUUACUACGGCCAAAAGUCGCAAAAAUGCGAUCAACUUGAUGGCCGGUUUGGAUACGAAACAAGCAGCUACUGGCCAAUUGUUUUGGGAUGAUGGUGACUCGUUAGACACCAUUGGAAAGAAGUUGUACACUCUUAUAAAGUUCACAGCUUCCAGAGGCACUUUAUACGGUAAAGUACAAUUGAAGGGCUACAGGCCGGUUGACGAGUUGAGGCUGGGUUCGAUCGCGAUCCUGGGUGUCGAUAGGAAACCGACUACGCUGCUGCUCAAUAACAAGACGAAAGAAUUUCAGUGGAGGGAUGAUGUUAAUGAAAUAUUCAUCACGAACGCAAAUGUAACACUACUGGAAGAGUUUACCACCGUAUGGAUUUAAUAAUCCUUACCUGAUCAGUACAAACGUGCUAAAAAUGUACUUAACAUUUUUAAAAUUAACUUAUUAAUUCGUAACAGUGUACUUAGUAAUUUAAGUGGAUUCAUUUUUUAUUAAAUUAAAGGAAUGUACUUUUGGACAUAAUUUUUAACGUUUUAAUCCUUCCCGUUACUGGCGUUAUUUCCGUUAAAAUACGAUUUCAUUGAUUUAUUUUAUUGCGGCUGGUUUCAGCGAACGUGUUUAUGAUUUUUUCAAUUCACUUUAUUGAAUGUAUGAUUUAUUAAUUAUAUUUUAUUUAAAUGCUACUUGCUUGCUUAAGAUCGAAAGAUAAUAAAAAUUAUUAAUUAUAAAAAUAUAAUUAUUUAUUCAAUUAAUAUGAUUAAUUGAUAUUUUGAAACCACACACACACACACACACAGAUAUAUAUAUAUAUAUAUAUAUAUAUAUAUAUAUAUAUAUCAUAUUGUUAAUAAAAUAUUAAGGCCAACUUCACACUAAACAUAUCUAUCGCUUAGCAUU